CAGAACGUCAGAAUGUCUAUUUUCGUCCAUUUCUGCGGGACCUGGCAACCCUGAUCGACGUCAACUGAGCAUGCGCAUGAUAAAGGCCGCUAAAAUUAACCAGCUAGGUAGUUAUCAUAUACAGCUGGAUUAAUUUAACUAGUGCAGGCGGCGGCCUUCUCCUCCUUCUCCUCCUUCUCUUCCUUCUCAUCCUCGGUGUGUGUUUGAGCGCCUGGCGGAUCAGAGCGCGGAGGCGCCGCAGGACACCGCGCUGUGCUUCUGCCGCAGGACUCUUCCGGAACAGAUAAACAUAACAUGAAAUACCUGUGCCUUUGUUUUGUCUCUAAAGCUAAUAAAUAAGCAUUGUUGGCUGUCUGUAUAUUGACAGUAAGCGGUUAGCUAGUUAGCUUGUCUGGAGGCGGACUACACUCUGGUCGUCGCCGGGCUGUGUGCGUUUCUCCGCCGGGUCGUGAGAACAGAGCGAUGGAGGCUCCACCAGUCACCGUCAUGCCUGUUACAGGGGGCACGAUUAACAUGAUGGAGUACUUGUUACAAGGCAGUGUACUGGACCAGUCCUUGGACAGUCUGCUCCAUCGGCUUAGAGGUUUGUGUGACAACAUCGAGCCAGAAACCUUUGCCGAUCAUGAGCUUGUCUACCUUCUGAAAGGUCAGCAGGGAAAUCCAUUCAUCCUGCGAGCUAGACGCUCACUCGCUCACCCUACUGCUCCCUGGCACCUACGUUACCUAGGGCAGCCGGAGGUGGGUGAUAAGAGUCGUCAUGCAUUGGUACGGAACUGUGUGGAUGUCGCAGCCUCGCACAGUCUGCCUGACUUCCUCAAUGAGAUGGGUUUCCGAAUGGAUCAUGAGUUCGUGGCCAAAGGGCACAUUUUCCGCAAAGGAGCCCUCAAGGUGGUUGUGAGCAAACUGUCUCGAGUACUCGUGCCAGGCAACACAGACAACACUGAACCUCUGUCUCUGUCCUACCUAGUGGAACUUAGUGUGUUAGCACCAGCUGGACAGGAUACGGUGUCCGAGGACAUGCGUAGCUUUGCAGAACAGCUUAAGCCUCUGGUACACCUGGAGAAAAUCGACCCCAAGAGGCUCAUGUAGGUGCCAAAAGCCACCCUGACUGAACAUGGUGGCAGCUUUGAAUUAUUUGGAAGAAAAUGGCGUCACCCUGAAAUAUCAAGUCUUGAAAUAAUAAAGUGAGCUAUAUUGCAAGAUGUGUUUAAUUUGCAGCUGAAUUAUUUAUCCAUGCCAAUAUGGAUACUCUGUUUUUGUAAAUGAUUAGCUUUCUAUGGAUAAAAGAUAUGUAGUUUUGGAUAUCAAUGUGCUAUUUUGUGCUAUUCUUGUUAGUAGUUUGACUACAAGAGGGUGUAAAUGUUAUUUUCCGAAUAAAAAAAAUGCCUCAUUUA